GAUUUAAUUAAAUCAUUUAAAUAAAAUUGAUAAUUUUCUGACGAUGACCAAAAUGAUUAGUUGUCAUGAAUUGGAACGAGCAUUUUUUAAGCACGUUAGUCCAACGGAAUCAAGGUCAUCAACACCGAUUGAAAUGUUCGAAACAAAAAGCGAAAGUGCCGUUCGCGACGAUUUCCAAUGGUUUUUAUCAUCAUUGUUGGUGCCAACAUUGAAGCGUACAUCGCGUCCGUUCAAAACGGUGCCUGAACAGUUGCAGAGGAAAACCGAAACUAAUGGUCUACCGGUGAUUGCCAUGUUGUGCCGUCUCAAGGUAGAAUGUGAACGUAAACGUUUGUUUUCAAACAUCUAUGAAGGGCCCAUCUCUAAUCGUGGCAAAGUUCGUUUGAAUUAAAUAAAAAAUCAAUUUGUACGACUUGACACCGGUUUGUAACCAAACAUCAACAAGUGAAUAAACGGUUCAAGUCUUCGCUAAUGAUAUUAGUCUUUGCUAAUACAAUGUUAACCAUGACAAUAUCCUAUAUUCAAAAUUAUAUAAAAAAAAUAUGAAAAAAAAUAUUGGAAAGGUGUGGAAAGGGAAUCAAGCAAAAAAAAAUUCGUUCAGUUCGUAGUUCGUAUAAUAUUAUCUCAUGCUGAAUGAAAAAUCAAUCAAAUCACAUUAGAAUAACGAAAGCGAAAAAAAACCUAGCAACUGCUUCACAACAAACAUGUUAAAUCGAUAUAUUCAGUAUGUGUACCAUACAUGAUAUUCAACACACAGCAAAUGGAUAGGCCUCAGUCUUUGACAUUCCAAUCACACAGUAACACACAACGCAAAAAUACUCAUUUUAUUGCAUUGUUUGGCUGUGCAUAUCUACUGAAAUUUUUAGAGCAAAAUUUUGUUUAUUUCAUUCAAAUCAUCAAAAGCUCUCGUAUUAAAAAACAUAAUUUUAAAUAAAGAACAAUGUCGGACGGUGUAAAAUCAGAAAUUAGCAGUGACAUCGAUCAAAAUUACGCGCUUAACGCAGCUGACCCGAAAAAUGUACAAGAGUUAACAAUUUAUGUGCAAACAUUGCUGCAAAAUGUACAAGAUAAAUUUCAAUCGAUGUCGGACCAAGUAAUUUCACGCAUUGAUGACAUGUCGAAUCGAAUUGAUGAUUUGGAGAAGAGCAUCGGUGAUCUGAUGACACAGGCAGGUGUUGAGGCUCCAAUUGGCAAAGAACCAUAAACAAUUUGAUAGAUAGGCUGUCUCAUUGCAUUCUCAGAAAAAACACACAGAUACACCCAAUUAUGAGUAAGCCAAUAUUCGUACAAUCUGAUGAAAACACACAAAUUCAAAACCCAUCUCGUAUUAGUGUAAUUUAUUUUAUAAUUUUAUGAUAUUUUGUUCCAUUUUUGAUAAGCAUCUUAACGUUCGAUUUAAGCACACAACUCUUUUUCAUAAAACAUAAAAUCAUGAAUAUAUAGAAUUGAAUGCCAAACGCCGCAUAAUCAGUGACAUUGUAAAUCGAUUCUUUUUUUUUAUAACACACAACCGAAUAAUAUGCUCAGUGCACACUGGUGCGAGCUAAACAAACAGAUCAAAUUGAAAUAGCAAAUAUGACAUUAUGAAUUUGGAACAAUAUAUUUAUGUAAAAGAUUGCAUGUAAGAAUUAAUAAACGUCUGGAAAAAUUAAAUAAAAAAAGAUGAACAAGCA